GAACACAUGAUGUUCACUAAGUUGGCAAUGAGAAAACUCCAUCAAAAUUCCUUCUCCACAAAACUUUUUUCAAGAUCAUUUCUUAGGCCUUGCAAAUCUAUCAUCCCCACUACAACCAUGAUCAAUAACACCAAAAAUAAAGUCAUAAUUGAUCAUAGUCACCAUAUUAUAUACAUCAUUUUGUUAUUUGGUCUACUUAUUAUUUCCAUUGUCUUGACUUCUCCAAGUAACACCCCCUCCUUCUUUCCUUUGCAACUCUCACUCUUUAACCCCUCAAAACAGAUAAAUGAAAGAGUGUAUUAUAAAGAUGAUCUUGAACGAGCAUUGAUGGGAGCGUCAACUGAGAACAAGACGGUAAUAAUAACUAUUGUAAAUAAAGCAUAUGUAGAAGGAGAUAAGGCAAUGCUAGAUUUAUUCUUGGAUGGUUUUUGGCAUGGAGAAGGCACUAGGGAAUUAGUGAAUCAUCUUUUGAUUGUUGCCAUGGAUCAAACCUCUUAUGAACGUUGUAAAUUCUUACAUCUUCAUUGUUACAAGCUCGAAACGGACGGUGUGGAUUUUGGUGGAGAAAAAUUGUUCAUGUCUCAAGAUUUUAUCAAGAUGAUGUGGAGAAGAACUUUGUUCUUGAGUGAUGUUCUUAAACGAGGUUACAACUUCAUCUUUACGGAUACCGAUGUGUUAUGGCUUAGGAAUCCAUUUCCAAACUUGUACUCAAACCAAACCAUAGACCUUCAAAUAAGUACAGACAAGUUCAAUGGAAGUCAAGAAAAUCCAAUAAACACAGGGUUCUACAUGAUCAAAUCAAACACUAAAACCAUAGCAUUAUUAGAUGCUUGGUAUGCUGGAAAAGACAAGGCCAUUGGAUGGAAAGAACAAGAUGUUUUGAUCAAGUUAAUGAAAGAUGGAAUGUUCAAACACUUGGAGCUUAGUGUUAAAUUCUUGGACACCCUUUAUUUCAGCGGUUUCUGUAACGAUAGUAAAGAUGUUAACGUUGUUGCUACCGUUCAUGUCAAUUGUUGUCGAAGUAUAAGCGCUAAGUUGGCUGAUCUAAUAGUUGUCCUUCAUGAUUGGAGAAGAUUUAAGAACGCCAAUCAGACAUCGACAUUAUAUGGAUGGACUCAACAUGUGAAUUGUUGGGAUUCUUGGAAAAACUAAUGGAAAUUUUUAGAUUCAAACAAGUCUUAAUGUAGUGGAAGAAUCGUUGAAUUUACUAUCAGAAGAAUCACCUCAAGUUGAAGUUUGAAUCUCUUGAAAAGAAAGUUAGUAUACAACAAACUAGAUGUCUUUGCUUUGUGUGUAUCCUUUUGGAAGAUAAUAGAAAAUCAGAAAUUA